CCUGGGCGCUUGAUAUUUGUGGGACAUAGCUGUUGUCCUCUCUUAGUCAUACUUCCAGUGCUCAAGAGCCAGCGUCAUUCUUUGACCAUCUAUAAGCUCUUUUUCAACUAUGAAGGUCAAAUAGAGGAAAGCAUUUGGCCAAUGCCAGCUCAAGAGAGCCUGGAGGGCUUCAUCUGCUUUCUCUCGGGGUAUAGAACAUUCUUAGGCAAGUUUUUGAGGCUGUUGCUGAAAACAAGGGGAUCAGAGGCCUUUGUUGCUCUCUGGUUGCUAAUGGUUGCUGGGACUUCCCUUGUCACUCAACAGUUGGGCUUCAGUGAUACGGCAUCAAGAAAACUUGUUUUCCAAAUUCUCUAUGGGGAUGGGUCAAGUCCAGCUGUUCUGCAUUCUGCUUCUAUCUCAUCUCCAAAAGCUGUCAUGAUUAUGUACAGAGGAAAAAAAGGACAAUUGAAGUCGUUCAAAGGCUUCCUCUUGCCUACCUGCAAGAAGGGUGAGUUGCCAACAAGAUUUGGUUCAGCACCUCUCGGGGAUACUUCUUUUACAGGUUCAUUACGAAGUAAACAUCAAAAAUAUGAUGUCAAUUAUCUUUUUGCGCCCUACAGCUUGAUAUUUGCAGGACAUAGCUGUUGUCCCUCUCUUAGUCAUACUUCCAGUGCUUGAGAGCCAGCUUGGACCAUUUCUGGCUGGAGCAUUAUUGGCAGAAUCAAAUUUCCGGACACAGAUUGAAGCUGAUAUACGACCAUUUAGAGGCGCACUUCACAGGCAAUUUUUUGUGAGUACUGUAACUUCAAUUGACAUGCAGGUAUAGUAAUUAUUUUAAAGUUGCAUCUGUUUUCUUAUAUGCUUUUUUUUUUUUUUGUGCAUUUGAAUGUUAGCAAUUGAAUAGCUGUUGCUUAAAAGAACUGAAAAUUGUGUCAAUUGUGUGAUAUUUCUGUUUUUUUAUCCUUCAUCCUAUGGUUCUUUCUUUUUUUUUUUGGUAAUAAGCACUAUAGAAUUUUCUGUCCUGAAUUUGCUGUCAAAGGAAUUAAGGAUACCACGCCAGUUAUCUUAAUUUUCGUGCUGUGGUGACUUUAAGCAGCUAUGUUCUCUAGCAAGGCUUGAAGACAUGAAGUUUUGUUGGCUUUACUCCUGAAUGUGUAAAAUGUAGCCAUCAUCAUAAGUAAUGCAUCCAGCAAUAAUGCUUCCCAGCUUUUGAUUUAAUGCAAGUUAUAUUUGUUUCU